GAAGAUCACAGGUGACUAUGCAUUGCAGGAGAGAGUGGACGUUCAAACAGUAAUAAAACUGAUCCUUAACUUGUGUUUAGCCGAUGGAUUCGAUAUGUUUCCGUCUCUGUUAGUCACCGACGGAUCAAGCAUGAUAGACCGAAGGAUGGGUAUUCACGGUCAUCCUCUCGAGAUUCAAGCUUUGUUUUACUCCGCCCUACGUUGCGCUCGUGAGAUUCUUAACGAUAAAUGCUCCAAGAAUUUGGUGAGUGCCAUCAACAAUAGACUGAGUGCACUAUCAUUCCACAUCAAAGAAUACUAUUGGGUUGACAUGAAAAAGCUCAACGAGAUUUAUCGGUAUAAAACGGAAGAGUACUCCAUGGAUGCUACCAACAAGUUCAAUAUUUAUCCAGAGCAAAUCCCUUCAUGGCUUAUGGACUGGAUACCAGAAGGCGGCGGUUAUCUAAUCGGAAAUCUACAGCCAGCUCACAUGGAUUUUAGGUUCUUCACACUCGGGAAUCUCUGGUCGAUUGUUUCAUCACUGGGCACUCCGAAACAGAACAAAGCUAUACUCUACUUAAUCGAAGCCAAAUGGGAUGAUAUUGUGGGACAUAUGCCUUGCAAGAUAAGUUAUCCCGCCGUGGAGAACGAGGAGUGGCGCAUAAUUACUGGCAGUGACCCAAAGAAUACUCCGUGGUCGUAUCAUAAUGGCGGAUCUUGGCCAACGCUUCUUUGGCAGUUUACAUUGGCAUGCAUCAAGAUGGACAGAUUACAAUUAGCCCAGAAGGUAGUUUCUUUGGCCGAGAAGAGGCUCUCGAUUGACCGAUGGCCUGAUUACUACGACACCUGUAGCGGGAAGUUCAUCGGAAAACAAUCUAGCCUUUACCAAACAUGGACUAUCGCCGGUUUCCUAACCUCUAGAAUUAUGGUGGAGAAUCCACAGUUGGCUUCCAUGUUAUUCUGGGAGGAGGACUACGAGCUUCUCGAGAUCUGCGGUUGUGCACCUAACAAAAGUGGCCGGAAGAAAUGUUCACGCGGCGCUGCUAAAUCUCAGAUACUCGUCUAAUUCGAACUCCGUUUCUUCAAGAAAAA